AUUAGAACUAGAGUGCAGGGUUUUGAAAUAAUUCUGAUUUUUCUACAAACCAGACAACUCCAACCUCAACAACCAUUGUUUUCAUGAUGAAGCAAGGGGAACAAAAAUGGCGAAAAGUUUUAUACGAAGACCAGGGUGUUCCUGACAAUUAUGUUGAUGUCUCUUUCUUGAGUGAAAUGGAAAAAAAUCGGUUUUGUCGAAAGUAUAACUUUAUGGACCUUGUUAAAUCUUCCGUUGUUUUGACUCAAAAGUUUACCGCUCUGUCUCUCUUUUGCCUCUUGUGGUGGAAUUUGUCCGAAGGUGGGAUUUCUCCUAAACUUGCACUCACUUUAUCUUUGCAAUUUUUGUUACUUGGUUACUACAUACAUUCUAUUAUGACAUCACAAACACUUAAGCAAGUGAUUCAUGAUUUUAAAACAGGGGUCAUGUUGUUGUGUUUUACUUGGUUUCUUUCCCCUGUGUUACGAACACUCACGCACACGAUAAGUAGUGACACACUGUACGCCAUGAGCACAUUCAUGGGCAUUGGACACCUUGUGUUUAAUGAUUAUGGUUCAAGUGGGAUGAGUGUUAGUAACUCAGUCUCAUUUAACAUGUCUGUUUUCAUGGCCGUGUGUUUAGCAUCAAGGUUGGAAACUACAUUAGAUACUUUCACGACGGUUGUUCUUGCUCUGCAAAUAUUUGGUUUAUGGCCGAUAUUACGUCGCUUGUUGUUUUUGCAUUAUCCUGGACACUUAAGGGUGAUAACACUUAUAACUUCUGUGGUUGUGUUGUAUCUAUUUACUUGCCUCAGCUGGACAGCGGGCAUGAUGUACAUGGUUGCAUGUGUUUCUGUAACUUUUAUUUUCCCAGCAUUAUUAGUUCGAAUGCAACCACAUAAACACAACAUACAUGGCCCAUGGGAUGAAGCCAUUGUGGAAGACAAUUCAUUUGAUAAUAAACGUUUAUAACUUCAUAGUGUUCAAAUAUAUAUUUAGUACCCAACACUGUGUAUAG